AAUAGAUAAACAAUUCGUAAAAAGGUAAAAACACGAAUAAUGGCGGUGGCUACCAAGUUGGUGAUGGUGUUAAGGCUGAGGUUUUGGCAACAAAAACCAUUCUAGAUCCUACAGCAUAUUGUAAAUGGGAGAGGAGGAGAACCGUCUGAAGUGCAAGUUCGGGAUCAGUGUGAUGCAUGGACCGCGGGUGUGCAGCGGCGGUUGAAUAUCUUUCACAAUUUUGUUUACCAGUGUGACUGGAAAGAUAGGAGUACCAUAGAUCCUAGGCUCAGUUAUGGCAACUACUUGGUACAUCAUGGAAACCGCACAGCAACAUUACCAGUUGUCAGAGCGUUUAAUACGUGCAGUAAGUGACUGGCGACUGAAUGCACACGAUACUGUGCUGGACCUCAUCAACAAGGGAGCAGAUGUAAACCAGGCUCAUGGUACUCUUUUACCUCUACAUUGUGCCUGUAUGGUCAGUGAUAACGAGAUGGUACAACUACUCUUGCGAAAAGGAGCUAAGGUUGAUGUACUUGAUGGCUACAAUAGAACUGCUCUCCAUUAUGCAGCUGAGAAAGAUGCGGAGUGCUUGGAACUACUACUUCUUCAUAAAGCUAACCCAAACUCUCUUGAUGCAAAUAAGAACACACCACUCCAUUGGGCAUGUUUUAAGAACAAAUCUGAGUGUGUCAGGAUACUGCUAAGGUAUGGAGCAUACGUGAAUGCGCUUGAUUAUAAUGAUGAUACGCCGCUACUCUGGGCUGCAUACAAGUGUAAUUACGAGAGCAUCUGUAUUCUGCUUGAAUACGGGGCAGAAGUACUUGUGAUCAAUGCAGGCAAGCAUACACCCAUUUCCCGCGCUGCCUGUCUACUAGCAAGCGGACUUGAACCUAGGGAUGAGCUUAGUCUGAAUUUACUUGUUCAGGCUGCAGGGCAAUUUGAUUUAAGAAACGAGGGCCACUUGCCAAAUGUAGUGGAACGUGACCGGGAUCUGUGCAAUCGUAUGUUGGCAUACAGCCAGAACUGCCGUAGUCUACAGCAGCUCUGUCGAUAUCAGAUACGUAAGUGCCUUGGUGCCAAAUAUCUUCCAGAUGCAAUAGGUAAACUCCCAAUUCCGGUUAUAAUGCAGCGGUUCUUGUUGCUACAGGCUUGAAAUUCUAUGCUGCUGUUUACGUUUCAUUGCACAGGGUCCAGUGUUUGGACAGAACAAUGUAAAUGCUCAUAGUUUACAUAUAUUUUGAACUUGCAAGGAACGCUUCAAUUAAACAUUAACAUGAGAUUUUAAUAAUACCAAUCAGGAAAUCAAAUUUUUUCAUGAUGGUAUCAAUGAAUGAAGAGUAAUUAUUAAACUUGAUAGUAAAAGAACACAAGGCAUUUGAUGACAUGAUUAGUGUGUCAUGUUAACAUGUCCCCUUUUUAGCUACUCUACUCGGAUAAGCUAAAUUCAAAUUCUUGUAUUGUGUGGCCCAUGUAAUAAGUUAGUCAAUUUGAUCAGGGAUCAUUCUAUUUAUGGAAAUUAGUAACUGAAGUAUUACUAACAAACACGAAAUUUAUAAUUUUUAAAAUAUCAAACAUAUCAGGUAUUAUAUUUGCCGUUUUGUAUUUAAACCAUGGUAUUAUUACUAAAUUAUUAUUAUUAUUAUUAUUAAAAAUUAAACUUACAUUUAUUACAGAUUAAAUUCCUAAUUGUUGGUGAUUGAAUAAUAAAAACAAUAAUGAUAAUGACAAUGAGAGAUAAAAGGAUUUAAAAACUGUAUACACACUACACACAUAAUAAAAUGUUUCAAUGUUUCAGUGAGAAUACAUGCCAUCAUUAUGAAGAAGCAAUAAUCUUCUUACAUAAAUUAUUUUGAAAUUCAAAUAAACUUUAUAGUAAUACCUAUGAUGACUUUAAUUAAAGAAGUUAAAAUUAUGUUUUGGAUAUUUGAUCUCUUUUAAUGAUUUUUUGUUAAGAAAUUGUCUAUUAAAAUUACAUAUUUUUACCAAUUUUUUUUUUGUGGUGUAACAAUGAACAUGUUUUAAUUAAUUUUAAUAUUUGUCUAGAGAUGACUUGUAGUGCAAAGAUUUCAUAGAAUAUAUUAUAUAAACCUAUAGAGACUACAUUAAAUAUUGAUAUUUUUAAUCACUUAUCUUAAAUGUAUGUAAAUUUUAACUCUGUUCCAUGCUCUUUUUUUUUCUUUUGGUACAGAGUGUAAUUUUAGUUAAUUUUUAUUAUUUUUAUAUAAGUUUUUAGUAAUCUUUUUUUCUUAAGAAAUAAGGAAAUAGAUAACAUUAAUUGUACGUAAAUAUAUAAAUCUAUCUUAAUUCAAUCCAAAUGAAAUUCUUCAAGUAUCAUUUGAUAUUCAUUUAAUUUUUUUUUUAUCAGUAAUCAUUCCUUGCAUUUAUAACGUUUUCCAAACACCGUAUUUAUUUGAAUAAAUGCCCCCUCGAAUAAACACCCCCUUCAGAACCUCAUUUUGAAUAAACGUUUCCCUCGAAUAGACGCCCCAGAAUGACUGUAAACAAAACUGAUGGAAGAAACAUAAUUUUCAACACAUUCAGUUAAUUUUCUACUCCAGUAGAAUGACAUUUUAUCCUAACCUGGUUUAAGUUGGGAUAAAUAAUCUUUAGGCUUUGGUCACACAAUAACACAUUUAAAUUGUAACUGUGAGUUGUAGUUCCACGUUUACAGUGAAAUUAAAGGGUUUUUAUUUGAGUGUAUACAUGUCCAUUUUACAAAAAAAAUAAAUAAAUGCCUCUCUGGAAUAGAUGGCUCCCUAAAAAAAACGCUCCAUCGGAUGAACGCCUUGUGGGGCAUUUAUUCGAAUAAAUAUGUUAAAUCUAUAUCAUGAUGACUAUAUUAUUGUAUAAUAUAGUCAUUAGUAUUUGGUUUUAUUUAUUUAUGCCUUACCCUGUGCUUUUCAUUUAAAUUAUAGUACACCCUCUAAUAUUCAAGAACACUGUUGGGGCCUGAAAAUUUUAGUUGGUCUUAGGGUUGGGUCUCCAAUUAGAGAUUGAAGAUUAUAAGUUGGUAUUUUGAAUAUGUGGUCUCGAAUUGGAGGAUGAACUGUAUAACAUAAAGAAAAGUCAGUGGUGGUACUGCACUGUAGGAAAUAUGGCCGCUGGUUGUGGUGUUGUAAUUUUAGUUUGCUGUGUAGAUUUUAAAUUUAUCAAGAUGUAAUCUAAAUAAAUAUUUAAAUACCAUUGGAGUUUUCUAUAA